AUGCACUUUUCGACUGUUCUUUACGGCUUUACCCUCAUGCAGGGCGUUAUGGCGUCUCCCAUCAACGAGCCCGUUGCCGAGAUUGAGGCUCGUGACAUCGAGCCGCGAGCUCCUCAGCUUGGGGAUAUUCCCUGGCCAAAGUUGCCGGCUCUGAACAAAAAGGGUGACAAGGGUGACAAGGGUGGUAAGGGUGGUAAGGGUGAUAAGGGUGGCGACGGCGAUUGUCCUUCGACCGGCGGAGGAGACUCUAACAGUCAAGGGAACCACUGCUCUAGCGGCACCCAGUAUUGCUGCACCACCGAUGCCAAUGGCGUUCAAACCUGCGACAACUCGGAUGUAUGCAACGCAAAGAUCAUUUGCUGCAACAACAACAGCGGUUUCCAAAUGUGCAUUGGCGAUAUCGACUUCAACAUGCCCGUCACCAUUAACAUCAACGUCUACCAGCGCAAGCGAAGCUACAAGCAUAUCGAAUCGUGA